GGACGCUUCUUCUUUACGCCGAGCAUAGACAUCGGGAGACGGCUGUGCAAUCAGCCAUAAACGGAAGCAAAAGCGCCUCCAAGAACACACACCUCAGGCAGUCAGGCGACCUCCAAAAUUCAACCGCCGACCAAAUCUCCCCGCUUGGCGCCUCUGAUUCGGAGCCAAGCGCGCCGAAUCUGACGCUCGAAUCGCCUCCCGCGGCAAUGGGGGCCGACUCCGAGGACGCCGUCAAGCAGCUCAGCCUCCUCAUGGAGCAAGUGGAGGCGCCGCUGAAGCGAUCGUUUCAGAAUGUGCACCAGGGCUACCCAAAAGAAACGCUGUUACGUUUCCUGAAGGCUAGAGAGUGGAACGUAUCAAAGGCUCAUAAAAUGAUUGUAGAUUCUUUGAACUGGAGGAUCCAAAACGAAAUUGAUAGCGUGCUGGAGAGACCCAUAGUCCCAGUAGAUUUAUACAGAUCGAUACGUGAUUCACAACUUGUUGGACUGUCAGGAUACACGAAGGAGGGUCUCCCAGUUUUUGCCAUCGGUGUUGGACAGAGCACAUAUGACAAAGCUUCAGUCCACUACUAUGUGCAGUCCCAUAUCCAGAUUAAUGAAUACCGUGAUCGUAUAAUUUUACCCAUGUUGACAGAAAAGUUUGGACGGCCUAUUACUGGCUGUAUAAAAGUUUUGGAUAUGACUGCUUUGAAGUUAUCGGCACUGAGCCAAAUAAAGAUGUUGACCUCCAUAUCAACAGUUGAUGAUCUGAAUUACCCUGAAAAGACACAGACCUAUUACGUGGUUAACGUUCCAUACAUAUUUUCCGCCUGUUGGAAGGUUGUGAAGCCCUUAUUGCAGGAGAGAACCAAAAAGAAGGUUAAAGUUCUGAAUGGUUGUGGGAGAGAUGAACUCCUAAAGAUCAUGGACUAUUCAUCACUUCCCCAUUUCUGCCGACGGGAGGGGUCUGGGUCAUCAAAGCAUUCGUCUACUGAUGUUGACAAUUGCUUCUCCCUUGAUCAUCCUUUCCACAAAGAACUUUAUGGUCAUAUCAACAAGCAAGCAUCACACAAGGAGCUCAUCAAGAUGGGAUCAUUGCAUGUCAGCAUUCCUGAGCCAGAUGCAGAUGAUGCAAAGAUUGUUGAGGUCAUCCAGGCUGAGUUUCAAAAGAUCGGUGAGCAGAAUGAAUCCACGAAUGGCCACAAGGAUUAGAACGCAUCAAGGAUGGGCGAUCUGCUGAACACCUUAACCGGUGCUGGUGACCUCUGACAAAAAUUGAUUAUUCAUGUUCAUGCCUCUAUUUUGAUUCACAGUCCCCAGUUGCCUGGGGAAUAUAGUAGCAAUGUCUUGCAUUUCCAUGAUGCAAGCUUGAGUUUAUAGUUGGAGAGGCCGAGAGAUAAACCGGGCAGUGUAUAUUAGAUGGACAUGAUGUCAUAAACGCCUUUUGUUAGUGUAACCAACAUAUAUUUAGCUGUUAUAAGGAAAUCCAUGGAAGCGCCUUUGGCACAA